AUGGCGACCGCGACACGGGCGAGCGACGGGCGACGAGAUGGGCCGGCUUCUGCGCGAGGAGGAGGAGGAGGCGCACCACGGGCGGGCGCAGCGCCCGCGUACCUCGACGACGACGAGGGCGGCAGCGCACCCGGUCCCGAGGCCGACUCGGACUCGGACGACGCCAGCAGCACAACGUCGUCGUCGUCGUCGUGGGAUUUCGAGCGCGAGGCGCACGAGGCGCAGCUGCAGUGGGACGAGAGCGUGCGGCAGCUCCAGGCUUUGGUCAACCUCGUCGCCGUGCCGUGGGUGUCGCGGUACUUUGGGCGCAAGUGGGCCUACUCGCUGUUCGAGCGGUACCUCGACAUCGGACUCGGCAAGCGGUUCUGGCUCGGGCCUCUGGCGCAGUACGCACCCGUCGCGUGGCGGUGA